CCGCAGGUCCCGGGGCGGCUGACGCCGUCCGGGGCGUUCCUGGGAGCUGGGGGCCGGCGAGGUUAGACCCGAAACCCGGGAGGAGCCGGCCGGCGGCCACGUGACCGACCGCGGCGGGGCCCAGAAAUAGCAGCGGCGGCGGUCCCGCCCGCGGGCGGCCGCGAGGGAGAGGCGGAGACUGGGGGCCGCCGGCUCGGCGCGGGCGCGGCCCCGGAGGAUGCUCAGCUCCUGCCCGGCCCGACCCCGAGCACAUGAUGGCGAUACGGGAGCUCAAAGUGUGUCUUCUCGGGGACACCGGGGUUGGGAAAUCAAGCAUUGUGUGUCGAUUUGUCCAGGAUCACUUUGACCACAACAUCAGCCCGACCAUUGGGGCAUCUUUUAUGACCAAAACUGUGCCUUGUGGAAAUGAACUUCAUAAGUUCCUCAUCUGGGACACUGCUGGUCAGGAACGGUUUCAUUCCCUGGCCCCCAUGUACUACCGUGGGUCUGCUGCAGCUGUCAUAGUGUACGACAUCACCAAACAGGAUUCAUUUUAUACCUUGAAGAAAUGGGUAAAAGAACUGAAAGAACAUGGCCCAGAAAACAUUGUAAUGGCUAUUGCUGGAAACAAGUGUGAUCUCUCAGAUAUUAGGGAGGUUCCCUUGAAGGAUGCUAAGGAAUAUGCUGAGUCCAUAGGUGCCAUCGUGGUUGAAACAAGUGCAAAGAAUGCUAUUAAUAUUGAAGAGCUCUUCCAAGGAAUCAGUCGCCAGAUCCCACCCUUGGACCCCCAUGAAAAUGGAAACAAUGGAGGAAUCAAAAUUGGGAAGCCAUCCACGCAAGCCGGCCCGCGGUGCUGCUGACCCGUGGGCCAGGGUCCACUGUACUGGAAGAAGCCAGAGCCCCCCGCCCUGUGCACUGCUGAAGGACCUCCCACCCUCGGUGGCCUGGCACCUCACUUAGAAAGAGUGAGCGCGCUGGCUUGGCAUCCUGGAAGACCUGCAGGGAAUGGGGCAAGAUUGUCCCUGGAAAAGGGUUUUAGAAAACUCUGGAAAAAUCCACCAUACCACCGCAAAGUGGCCUUUAGUGUAUGAAAUGCACCUGGGAGGGAAUGGAUGUUAGGUAAUAAGUAUAUUUGAGUUUUUCGUUAAAAGUCUUAAAAUAUUCUUAAAUUUGUACGGAAGUCUUACUGGCUCAUUGUGUGUGUGAGAUUCUAAAGUGGAGGUCCACUCUGAUGUCCUGUGUCCCCCGCCAGAUUUCAGUAACUUCUUCAGUGCCAUUGCCUUGCUGCCUAACCAGCCUUCAUGGAAAGGUUAAUUUAAUUUAGUUUAAUUUACCUUUCAGUGGAGUGUAAUUGGACCAUCACUCAAGCUGUGGACUUGAGCUGUUAUAAAAGUGGAGAAAGAUGUAUUAGAAAGUGUUGUCUACAUCUCUGACUUUUACUUGAUAAACCUUUUUUUAAGUUUUGGUCAUAUGUAAACAAACCAAAUCUGACUAAAAUAUUGCGUGUGAUUUUGGGAUUGGGAGGCCUGGUUUGGAAGACUCAUUUAGUAGUUAUUGUGUAAUCAGUGACAGAUGUAGGAUAUAAAUAUUAUUCCAGACACCGCCUGGUAUGCAUUGCCUCCACAGUAACAAAUUCCUACUUUCUUAGAGAAAUUUAAUGCACAGAGUAUUAUUUUAUUAAGAGAAUAUAUCGGGGCCGGCCCCAUGGCUGAGUGGUUAAGUUUGCGCUCUCUGCUUCAGCUGCCCAGGGUUCGCUGGUUCGGAUCCCGGGCGCAGACCUAGCACCACU